GCAAAUACCCACAAGAAUCUAAGCUAUUAUAUACUAGAAAACCUGGAAAAUACAAAAUUCCUAAUAAUUAUAUUGUUCAUACUUCAUAUGGAAAAAAAAACAACCAAAAAACAGUUAUUUGUUCAAUUUAUUAUUGUGGAAAAGAUGCAAAGUUUCGAGUUGUUUAUGGUAAUAAACAUAAUGAUUAUGUAGAAUCUAAAGAAAGUUCUUCAGCAGUGGCAAAUUUAUAUCAAAAAGCUAUUGAAUCAAAAACUAAAAAAAAAAAAUUCAAAUGA